AGAACGAGACGAACCAAGCGACUGUUUAGGAGUAUCCCCAUCACGCUCUGUGACCAACUGCGUAAUGGGACUUAACUAGAAUGUAUAACCUAGUGAGUAAAACACGCAACCGAAAAAGGGUUCUUCCUAAAACCCGUCAUUACAACGCAUGAAGUAAUCCUCGACAAGUUACACACCAAAGAACAAAUACGCAACAACGGGUUUGUCCUAUCUGAAACACUCAACAUACGUGUCCAUACCCCACUUAGUCAGUUCUAAUAGGAAAAUCAACAACCAUAUUGUCCUAUGUUUAUAGUUUUCUUUCGGCUGUGUUUUGUAAACUGUGUAUAUCCAUCCAGAAAACAAUAAGUGAUUGAAUACUUACAAAAUUUGAAUAAAUUAAAUUUUCUGAUCAUGCCAAUUCGUAAAGAAACUACACGUCAUCAUCUUAGAGAUAUAAUACACAAGGAAAGGAUUCAAAAAGCAAAAGAACGUAGAAUCAAACGGAAACAACGAAAAGAAAGUGGUGCACCGGCAGGAAUUCCUCAAACUCUUGAAUCACUUAGAACAGUUGAUGAAACAAUCGUUCCUAAAGAUGAUGAAGAAGUUGUCAUUGAACAUGAAACAGAUGAGUUUUCAUCUAUUUUUAGUGGAGAAAUUACUCCUAAAAUUUUGUUGACUCAUUCUGAUCGUGUUUGUCCUAGGACAAUCGGAUUUUGUAAAGAACUAAGUAUGGUCAUUCCAAAUGUUCAUCUUGUUGCGCGUUGGCAUUUACCUCUUAAAAAAAUUAUCCCUAUGGCUAUUGAACGUCAGUUCACUUGUUUAAUAAUUGUUAAUGAAGAUCAGAAAAAAAUUAAUACUCUAAUAGUUAGUCACUUACCAAACGGGCCAACAGCUACAUUUCGCCUAACUAAUGUGUUACUUCGUCGUGAAAUGCGUUCAGCUAAAAAAGUCAAAUAUAUUGAAUCGAAUAUAAUACCACAUUUGAUUACUACACGUUUUAUGACACGUCUUGGUCUACGUACUGAACGUAUUUUAAGUUCAUUAUUUCCUAAUGAAAGUCGUUUACCGCCGCAACCACAUAGUAGAACAAUCGUUUUUCAUAAUCAAAGAGAUUAUAUCUUUUUUCGACAUUAUCGUUAUAUACAUCGUGAUACAACUGAUGUUCAUAACGAUGAUGAUAAUGAAAAUGAACGCAAACAUAAUACUGAACAUAUCGCAAUGAAUGAAGUUGGACCAAAAUUCACAUUGAAAUUACGUUCAAUUCAAUUAGGUACUUUUGAUAGUCAAUAUGGUAAUUAUGAAUGGGUUCGUAAACGAACAGAAAUUGGUAGAAGUCGGCGAACAUUUAUCUUAUAGUUGAUAAAUAGUAUUUCUCUAUUGUAAAUAUAAUUAUUUAUUAAUUCAAUAACAUGUUUGUUUAUUUAUUUCAUAAAAAUAACCUAUUUAGUCUGC